AUGGCGCUCAGGGGCGGCUUCCUGGGCCUGUGGGCCUGGCUCCUGCUCCUGCAGCCACGGCUUGGCGAGGCCCGCUCGGCCUCCGCGCCCUCCUACCCCUCCGACCCUUCCGACCCCUCCGACCCCUCGGAGUCCCCUCCGCCCACCGACAAGACGCUGCUGACCCCGCCCGUGGCCACGGGGCCCACAGUUAUGGUGGUUAGUUCAGCAUGUGGCCACAGGUCUAUGAGGAUAGUUGGUGGAAGGCCAGCCGUGCGGACAAGGUGGCCCUGGCAGGUGAGCCUGCAGAUCAAUAAUCGACACAUAUGCGGAGGCUCCCUCAUCUCUAAUCAGUUCGUGCUUACUGCAGCCCACUGCAUAUUUGGCCAUCUGGAAUACACAGUGAAGCUGGGGGACAAAGACCUGAAACAUCGAGCCCCAACGUCAGUCGAGAUCCCAGUCAAAGACAUUGUCAUCCACCAGUAUUACUCUCCUCUUGGAAUCAUCGAACAUGACAUUGCACUUGCUAUGCUGGCCUUCCCUGUGAAUUACUCCACACACAUUCAGCCUGUAUGCAUCCCUGAAAAGUCUUUCUUGGUAGAAACUGAUACCUUGUGCUGGGUCACCGGAUGGGGCAAGCUAAGCGAGCUAGAAAGGGCAUCAGAAGAGCUUCAGGAGGCUGAGCUAAACAUUAUUCGUCACCAGAAAUGUAAUGAGUUGCUUCAGAAAAGGACAAAAACUAAAGUUCAAUUUACCAAGGAAGGGAUGGUCUGUGGCUAUAAUGAUGAAGGAAAGGACUCCUGCCAGGGAGACUCUGGGGGCCCCCUAGUCUGUGAAUAUAAUACAACAUGGAUCCAGGUGGGAAUUGUGAGCUGGGGCAUUGGCUGUGGUCGCUUUGGCUAUCCUGGUAUAUAUACAGAAGUUAGUUACUACAGGGACUGGAUAGUUACUCUAAUGAACCGGGCUUCCUGUCUGGACUCAGCAAACUUCCUCAUGUUAAGCCUGUGUGUAGUCAUCCCGGUAACCCCGUGA